CCGAGGAGAGCAUGCUCACAUCGACAGUUUCUAACUCCGCCAAGUUAGCCGUAGAGCCAGCCGUAGUGUUCCGAGAAACGAAACUUUGCGUUAGAUAGUUAGCUGGCUAACGUAAACGCGCAGUCAUGGCACACUACAGAGCCUCUGAAUCCAAGCGCGAGCAGUUUCGGAGGUACUUGGAAAAGGCCGGUGUUCUCGACAGUCUCACGAGUGUGCUGAUCGCUUUGUAUGAAGAGAAUGAAAAACCGAACAAUGCUCUGGACUUCCUGAAACAGCACCUGGGCGUGGUCAGCCCUGAGCCUGCGGACGUGGAGACCCUGCGCCUGGAGCUGGCCGACCUGAACCAGAAGUACGAGCUCCUAUUGGAGGAGAACAAAGAGCUGAAGAACAGGCUUUCGCAAUACGAACCUGCAAAAGAAGACGGAACAACAGAAUGAAUCUACCUCAUGGGGACACAGCAAUAGUUAUUUUCUUUCUUUCUCUCUUUCUCUCACUGACGAUCACUUGAAAGUAAGGCAACACUGGACAUGUAAGGGAUUUUCUCUGUUUCUGUAAAUAGGAGACAAAAGUUGUUGUUUUUUUUUUCUUCUAUUCUCUACUGAAGUUUCUAUGUAAGCUACAUUAUAUUAGUUUGAUUGUAUUUUUUCUCUGUAUGGGGGAGGUUGGGGGGGUUAAAUACAUAGUUUUUUGAGCAUGAAAGGAUUGCCCCGUGGUCUUUGUUGAAGCUAGCUGCCAGUUUGAGGACCAGUUGUCGUUUGACAACAGUGAGGGUGACCGGCUGUUGACAGGGGAUUGUGGCUGGUUUGGAAUUACAUGGAUUAGUCACGACCUUGAUGUAGAAGGAGGCGCAUGUCUCACGGUAUCUUUACAGGAAGUGCUUUCUGUUGUUGUAUGUGACGUGAAAAUUGAAUGUUCUUUUUUUUUUUGUCUGUUUUUUUUUUCAUGAAGUUAGAGUUGCUUUGGCUUGAAACCUUCACACAGAGCUUUUGUGUGUUAACAUGAAUGGCAAUAUCUCACUGACGAAUAAAACUGACAAAACAACAUUAAAAUGGA